ACCAAAAUAUUUAAUCCUUUUUUUACAAUUAAACAAUUACUCAAACAAGGAAAGCAAAAAAAGGGUCCCAUUUUUUUUUUGUAGAAAGCCAUCCACAGCGGAUAAGUGGGGUUUGUUCAUCUUCUUCUAGGUUAAAUUUCUUAACAAAAAAAAAAAAAAAUGGAAGAUGAAGAAUACAACAGUAGCAGCAACAACGACAACAACAGUACAAAUUCCGGCGAGUUUCCGGCAGACCCACUACCUCCGGUUGACACGUCACCAUCAAGAGCAAUAAUUCCGGUACCAUUAAAAGUGGAGCCCACUGAAACAGUGACACUAGCUACACCACCACCUCUAGUGGUGCGUAAACGUCCGUCAAAAGACCGUCACACAAAAGUAGAAGGUAGAGGUCGGAGGAUCCGAAUGCCCGCCGCAUGCGCUGCUCGGAUCUUUCAGUUGACCCGAGAACUCGGACACAAAUCAGAUGGUGAGACAAUAAAAUGGCUUUUAGAGCGAGCUGAACCCGCUAUUAUUGAAGCUACGGGUACGGGUACAAUUCCUGCUAUUGCUGUUUCUGUUAACGGGACUUUAAAGAUACCAACAACUCCUGCAGUAAAUGGUGAAGAUUUGGGGGUAAAAAAACGUCGGAGGACUAAUAAUAGUGAUUUUGUUGAUGUAACUGAUGUUGGUGUUAGUAGUGGGGUCACUCUUUCUAGUGGGUUAGCACCAAUAAUGUCUAACACUGUGGCAUUGGGACAAUGUGCGGCACAAGCCCCUGGGGCCGCACACGCGCACCAGGGGCUUGUGCCGCUUUGGCCUACUAAUUUUUUUAUGCUGCCCAAUGCCGCGGGUGGGGCGCAACAGGCGCAUAUAUGGGCAGCCACUCCAGUGUUUGGAUUGGCUGCUCGGCCUAUAUCUGGGUUUAUGUCGGAGAUGGUAUCCGGCAGGUAUGAACCUAGUCAUUCGUCUAGUUCGGGUACUAGUAAUGGGAAUGCUCUUACUACAAAUAAUAUUAUUGGUAACAAUAAUACUAGUGGUACAACAACAACAACAGCAACUCAGUUGUUGAGGGAAUUUUCAUUGGAGAUAUAUGAUAAGAGGGAGUUGCAAUUGAUGAGUGGUAGACCAAUUAAUAGUAAUAAUAGUGAGAGUAAUCAUCAAGGAAUGUCUCAAGAACAACAAGUUCAGCUUCAAGUACAAACAGGAGGAAGUAGUAGUACUACACCACCACCUUCUUCUUCUCAAGCAGUUUGAUAUUUUGGUGAAUUUUAGGAAGCAUAGAUUGAUGAUCAUCAUCAUGUCAGACUGUCAUGUAAGUUGUAAGUAAGAUGGUUUUUUUUGGGUUAUUUUAGAUGGUCAAAUUCAAGAAACAUACAUACACCAAAGUGUUUGAUGUUAUUAACCCAUUACAAUUUGUGGGUGAUUAAGAAGGUGGAAUUAUUAGUGGUGGGUUUAAUUAGUUAUUAGUAGCUACUUUGAUGCUUAAUCCGUUUUUUUCUUUUCUUUUGGGGGUAUUUGGUUGCUCUAUUUUAUGUGAUUGUGCAAAGAUUUUAGUUAGAUUUAGUUAUUUUGUGAUGCAAAUUGUGAGGGAUAGUUCUAAGUUUGGAAGUUUCCCCAAAUUUAACAAACUAAUGUUUUUAUUAUUGUUUAGUUUAUACCA